AUGGGGCAUUUGUUAGCUAAACAGUUUAAAGCUGUUUUUUACAGCAAACCGGGGUUGAUACGUAAUUUCGCUGUGCGACUCCAAUUAAAAGAUACGGCUAUUCCAAAAUCGUUUCCAGCUCGUCGAGUGCCAUUUCCAUUACGCAGAGCGGUUGAACUAGUAUUUGAUCGCCUUGUGGCUGCGGAGAUUUUGGAGCCCAUCGAUUCCUCUAUAACUAGGGUGCCAUGGGCAACCCCAACAGUAAAUGUCAGGAAAAACAAUGGCGAGAUUCGUAUUUGCUCAGAUUUCAAGGUGAGUUUAAAUCCCCAUCUAUUAUAUGAUCAUCACGUUAUUCCUACGCUGGAUGACUUAUUGGUUAAGAUUCAAGGGGGAACCGUUUUACGGAUAUUUUCGAUACCGAAGGAUGCCGUUUGGGCUUUCGUGCACACCAACUAUUUUCCAGCGUUACAUGGACAAUGUUUUGAAAGAUGCCCGAUGACUGGAGUGUAUUUGGACGAUGUAAUUAUCUCCGGCAAAAAUGACGCUGAACAUCUGGCUAAUUUAAAAAUAGUACUCGAUAGGCUGCAGGAAGCAGGUAUCGUUAUCGACAAAAAUGGGGUACAUCCAAGCGAAGAUAAAGUUAAAGCAAUCCAGGCCGCACCUAACCCCAAGAAUGUUUAUCAGUUACGUUCAUUUCUUGGGCUUGUCACGUAUCAUGAACGGUUCAUUCCCAAUCUUCAUAGUGAAGCAGCUGUGUUACAUCGAUUGACUAGUGUAAAAGUACCAUGGUGUUGGACUAAUGUAGAGCAGGAGGCUUUCGAUAAAGUUAAGACAUUGUUAUCAACAGAAGAAACCUUAACGCCAUAUAAUGCUAAAUUACCGUUGAUUAUGGAGUGUGACGCGUCAGAUACAGGACUGGGGGCUGUUUUACUUCAUAAGGUUUCACAAAACGGAGAAAAACCCAUAGCAUUCGCGUCUCGGACGUUGUUACAGUCGGAGAAACAUUAUGCGCCUAUCGAUAAAGAAGCGAGGGCAUUGUUAUUUGGAAUAGAAAAAUUCCACAACUUUAUCUACGGUCGAAAAUUUAUACUUCGGACAGACUAUAAACCCUUGGAACGGUUGUUCGGGGAAAAGAGGGAUCUGCCAAAGAUAUCGAACAAUCGUCUGACACGUUGGGCCUGGAAGAUGGUCGCUUACGACUUUAGCGUGGAAUAUAGAUCUGGUCGGGAAAAUGUUAUAGCAGACGCCUUAUCCAGGCUACCGCUCCACGAUAUCAUACCUAAUCGGGAUACCAAGCAUGCAUUGGCGAUUCGGAACGUAAACUUAGAGGAUAUGCAGGUCUCGGAGGGAAACCUGCGCAAGAAUUCAAUUAAAGAUCCAAUACUAAAGCGAGGUAUAAAUUUGUGGUAUACCGAAGGUUUUAUCACAAAUAUGACUACUAGUAGCAUCAACGAGAUGAAAGGGACAUCCGGGAAUGAACGCGAUGAAAUCUAUUUUUCGAUUGUAUUGUUGGUGGCCGAAAUGCGAAGAGGACAUAGAACGGUAUAUAAAGCUGUGUGUUGGAUGUCAGAAAAAUCGACCGAACGUAAUGGAGUUACCACUAUACUCAUGGAAUUGUACCAAAGAGCCAUGGGAACGUAUACAUCUAGAUUUUGCGGGACCGGUGACUCUUUAUAUUGGCUAGUGGGAGUAGAUUCAUACUCAAAAUGGGCUGAGGUAGACCUGAUGAGAAACACAUCGGCGAAGGAGAUGAUAACGAGAUUAAAGAAGUGGUUUGCUACCUUUGGGGUACCUAAAAGCAUUGUAACGGAUAAUGGACCUCAAUUCAUAUCAAUAGAAUUUAAGCGAUUUUGUGAAGAAAACAACAUUUGCCACAUUCGCUCAACUCCGUACCACCCGAAGACUAAUGGGCAGGCGGAACGAACCAUUCGAACCUUAAAAGGGAUGUAUUAUGCCAGUCGAGAAUCAAUUAAUGACCCGCAAGAGGCGAUAACUCAAACGGUAGCAGCAUAUAGGCUGGGAGAACAUAGUUCGACGGGUAGGUCACCAGCGAAGAUUAUGUUUAGUCGUCAAAUAAGAACUAAUCUAGACUGGGCUAGACCAGAGGUGGGAAAGGAGAUUGAUAAAACCAAUGAUAAACAAAAUCAAGAACAUGAAACACAUUCCAAUUUUAGGGAAUUUGACGUUGGUCAGCAUGUGUGGGUAAGGAAUGAAACCGCUAAGGGUUGGAGAGAAGGGGUGAUUCAGGAUAGAAAGGGAUUAUAUUCCUAUGUAGUCAAGACCCCAGAUCGUGUAAUACGGAAACAUGCUGACCAGCUAAGAGACCGUUUGAUAUCAGAUACGACGGAGCGCGUGAUCGCUGACAGGGAUCAGAGAGAGUGUGAGACCAAGGCGAGGGCGAACACAUAA